GGGAUGAGCGAGGGAGCGAGAGAGAGAGAGAGAGAGAGAGGUAGAGAGACACUGGUUGGUAACAGUAGCGGUUCACGGGUAUGGAGUAGCCGCGUCUUGUGCUCGGCGUCGGGGACCAAGAAAACGUGCAUCGGGGCUGAAACCACCAGUUGGGGAUUACGGAGAAACCUCCCGACGAUGUGUUGUGUUCUGUAGCUCUAAAAUCAGUUUGAAGGAAGCGAUAGAGACGCUGCGAUUUCUAUUUAGCUUUGAAAAUGGCGAACGAAUCUCCUGCUAAAAGUCUUGUGGAAAUAGACCUCGCAUCUCUCCGGGACCCUGCUGGGAUCUUCGAGCUGGUGGAGGUGGUCGGCAAUGGGACCUAUGGACAAGUCUACAAGGGUCGACAUGUCAAGACCGGCCAGCUGGCGGCCAUCAAGGUCAUGGACGUCACAGAGGACGAGGAGGAAGAGAUCAAACUGGAGAUCAACAUGUUGAAGAAGUACUCCCACCACAGGAACAUAGCUACGUACUACGGAGCCUUCAUCAAGAAAAGCCCCCCGGGUCACGAUGACCAGCUCUGGCUGGUGAUGGAGUUCUGUGGUGCUGGCUCCAUCACAGACCUGGUGAAAAACACCAAGGGAAACACACUGAAGGAGGACUGGAUCGCCUACAUCUCUCGAGAGAUCCUCAGGGGAUUGACUCAUCUUCACGCCCAUCAUGUGAUCCAUCGAGACAUCAAAGGACAGAACGUUCUUCUGACGGAGAAUGCAGAGGUCAAGCUUGUGGACUUCGGGGUGAGUGCUCAGCUGGACCGCACGGUGGGGCGGAGGAACACCUUCAUCGGGACACCUUACUGGAUGGCCCCCGAGGUCAUCGCCUGUGACGAAAACCCUGAUGCAACAUACGACUACCGGAGUGAUCUGUGGUCUUGUGGAAUCACGGCCAUCGAGAUGGCCGAGGGGGCGCCGCCGCUGUGUGACAUGCAUCCAAUGAGAGCCCUCUUCCUGAUUCCCAGGAACCCGCCCCCUCGUCUCAAGUCCAAAAAAUGGUCCAAGAAGUUCUUCAGCUUCAUCGAGGGCUGCCUGGUGAAGAACUACACCCAGCGGCCGCCCACGGAGCAGCUGCUGAAGCACUCCUUCAUCAGGGACCAGCCCAACGAGAGGCAGGUCCGCAUCCAGCUCAAGGACCACAUCGACCGCACCAAGAAGAAGAGGGGCGAGAAGGAUGAGACGGAGUAUGAGUACAGUGGAAGCGAGGAAGAGGAAGAGGAGACACCUGAACAGCAAGGGGAGCCCAGCUCCAUCGUCAACGUUCCGGGCGAGUCCACGCUGCGGCGCGACUUCAUCCGCCUGCAGCAGGAGAACAAGGAGCGCUCGGAGGCCCUGCGGCGCCAGCAGCACCUGCAGGAGCAGCAGCUCCGCGAGCAGGAGGAGUACAAGAGGCAGCUCCUCGCCGAGCGGCAGAAGCGCAUCGAGCAGCAGAAGGAGCAGCGCAAGAGGUUGGAGGAGCAACAGCGCCGCGAGCGGGAGAUGCGGCGGCAGCAGGAGCGCGAGCAGCGGCGCCGGGAGCAGGACGAGAAGCGGCGGGUGGAGGAGGUUGAGCGCCGCCGCAAAGAGGACGAGGACCGCCGGAGGGCCGAAGACGAGAAGCGGAGGGCCGACCGCGAACAGGUAGGAGGAGAGUAUAUCCGUCGCCAACUGGAGGAGGAGCAGAGGCACCUAGAGAUGCUGCAGCAGCAGCUGCUCCAUGAACAGGCCAUGCUCCUGGAGUGCAAGUGGAAGGAGCUGGAGGAGCAGAGACAAGCUCAGAAGCUCAAGAAACAGCUGGAGGAGGAGCAGGCGUCCCUCCUCUCUCUCCAGCAGCAUCAGCGGGCCGGCAGACCCCCACAGACCGCCCUAUCAGCUAGGGGCGGUCAGGUGGAGGUGGUCCAUGAGAGGACCCCACCCUCCCAGCUCCAAGAACCCGCCCCUGACUCUGAGCCAAUCAGAGAGGCUGACGAGCGCUACCGUAAGAAUAUCCAGGGCUCCCCCCAGACCAAGCCGCCCCCGCCGCCCCCCCGCUCAGAGUCCUCCCACCCCAAUGGCCCCGCCCCCACAGAGACCCCCGCCCUGCACCGGCCCAUGGAGCCCCAGGUGCGCUCCAACAUGGCCGCCUUAAAGAGCAACACCAGCAUGGCAGCUUCCUCCACCUCUUCCUCCUCCUCCACCUCUUCCUCAUCAUCCGCUAGCGCCCCUCCCUCCCACUCCCACUCCCACCCCAGCGCCCCAAACCAUCACCUCCGCUCCAAACAGGACCAUCUCAACCAACACCAACACAACCAUCCAUCUUCAUCAUCAUCAUCAUCAUCAGCACCAUCAACACCCCACCCCCAGACUAGACCCUCCCCCAGCAACCCCUCGGCCCCCCCAGAGGAGCUCCCACCCAGGGUUCCAAUGAGAACCACCUCCAGGUCUCCCGUGUUGUCAAGGCGAGAGUCUCCUCAGCACCAGGGCAACGCACCGCCCGCCAAGGCGGCCCAGCGCAACGCCAUCAGUGCUGCAGAGCCCAGGAUGCUGUGGGACAGUGAGCGCUUGGUGUCGCGGCCGGGGGGCGUGCCCAGCGGGGGGUCCAGCAGCUCCAGCUCCUCCAACAGCUCCACCAGCAGCUCCAGUAAGACCCCCACCCAGCAGGCGUCUGGGGACAAGAUCAGGCCCCGCACCUCCUCCAAGUCAGAGGGUUCCCCCCUCCAGAAGCCCCCCGCUGAGGAGAGGAGAGAGCAGAGCAGACCCUCCCGUACUGCGGACCUGACCGCGCUGGCCAAGGAGCUGCGGGCGGUGGAGGAGGUGGCCCCGCCCCACAAAGUGACCGAGUAUUCCUCGUCCAGCGAGGAGUCGGGCACCACCGACGAGGAUGACGAUGAGGAGGUGGACCAGGACGGAGGGGAGGAGUCCACCUCGGGGCCGGAGGACCCGCGGGCCGGCUCGUCCCGGGUGAGUAACGGGGAAAGCGCAUCGGCGAAGACCAUGGUUGUCCAGGACGACGGGGAUGACGCCGGCUCCACGCCGUGUAGAGACCGUACCCUGAUGGUCAGACAGAGCCCAGGGUCGUCCAUGGGGUCAGGGGUGGUGCACAGCAACCACGCCCUGCUCCCCGGGUUCUCCCCAGGGUCCGGCAGCCCCCACACGCCCAGCCCCCACCACCCCCACCCUCACCCCCACCCCCACCCCCACCAACACCCACACCACCCGGACCGCAACGGCUUCGCCGGCCGCAUCCACCUCCUCCCAGAUCUGAUUCAGCAGAGCCACCACCCCUCCUCCCCUGCCUCCUCCACCUCCUCCUCCACCUCCUCCCCCCCCUCCAGCCUGGGCAGCCCCUGCCCCGUCUCCCCCCACGUCCCCCUGGACCAGCUGGCCAUCUUCCUGGAGACGUUUUGGCAUGUUUUCUGACAGAAGCUCAUAAGUUAAGUUAUCUAUUCGUAGUCAAAAUACCGUCAAUGGGAAAUUCAUAGCAUUACUCGCUCAGCGUUGAAAAUGACCACUAGAUGGCGUCGAUUUUACUUUCCCUCCACUAUAUCUCUGCUUAGAUUCUGUGGGUGAUGGUCAUAAUGGAUAGUGUUAGGUGUUGGUGUUAUUGAUGUAAGUGUUGGGGUUUGUUUUCGGGUUAAUUUUGGGGUUAGAGCUUAUUAUUAUUAGUGUAAUUAGGGACAGGGUUAUAAGGGUUAGCUUCAGUGUUGGUGUUCACGGUCUGAAUGUAAUUCAUCAUCGUGUGCAGAGCCAGUCUUACAGCAGGGUGAGGGUAGUGGGUUAGUGUGGUACUAUGUGUGAGUUAGAGCCAGUCUUACAGCAGGGUGAGGGUAGUGGGUUAGUGUGGUACUAUGUGUGAGUUAGAGCCAGUCUUACUGCAGGGUGAGGGUAGUGGGUUAGUGUGGUACUAUGUGUGAGUUAGAGCCAGUCUUACUGCAGGGUGAGGGUAGUGGGUUAGUGUGGUACUAUGUGUGAGUUAGAGCCAGUCUUACUGCAGGGUGAGGGUAGUGGGUUAGUGUGGUACUAUGUGUGAGUUAGAGCCAGUCUUACAGCAGGGUGAGGGUAGUGGGUUAGUGUGGUACUAUGUGUGAGUUAGAGCCAGUCUUACAGCAGGGUGAGGGUAGUGGGUUAGUGUGGUACUAUGUGUGAGUUAGAGCCAGUCUUACUGCAGGGUGAGGGUAGUGGGUUAGUGUGGUACUAUGUGUGAGUUAGAGCCAGUCUUACUGCAGGGUGAGGGUAGUGGGUUAGUGUGGUACUAUGUGUGAGUUAGAGCCAGUCUUACAGCAGGGUGAGGGUAGUGGGUUAGUGUGGUACUAUGUGUGAGUUAGAGCCAGUCUUAC